AUGGAAGAAGAAUCCAUCUAUGAUUUGGAUCCAACAACCGUUACCGGAUAUACGUCAUGUUCUGAAUGGUGGAAUGGAGCUGAGGCCGGGGAAGCAGCACCACCACCUGCAGGCGCCGCCGUUGCUGCGGUAGAGAGUAGGAACACUAUAGCAUCUCUCGCAGAUGAGGUAUUUAGAACUGUGCAGCAUUUUUGAUGGCGUACCUUGCAUUGCAAUGGGGCAGUGGUCGGAAAACUCCUUAGUCAAAAAAGCAAAAAAUUUAGCAGCAGGACGAUUAAAAUUUUUGUAAGACAAAUUUCUUUUCAAGAACCUGUCAAGAACCAUGGGGGUUUUUUCGGAUUCAAAACAGAUUUGUGGCUGACUGGCCGAGCCACACUUAGGUCACAAAAGAGCAGCAUGCGGCUCGAGAGCCGCGAUUUGCCGAGCACUGCUAUAGGGCAUUUUGGCAUUUCAUUGAGUCACCGUACAUUGCAAUAGGGUAUUGUGAGAUCUCAAUGAGCCACCUUACAUUCUAAUUAUAGCAUUAUGGCAUUUCCCCCAAGACACCUUACAGUACAAUAGACCACGCUUUCAUAAUCCAUGGGUCGGAUUGAGUUUUCUCUAGGAUCGCCAGGUCACAAUCCUCCCUUAAACAUUGGGGAAACUGAACUAAGGAAUAUUGUGUAAUCUCACUUAGGCACCUUGCUUUGCAAUAGAACAUUAAGCGCCUUUCUUCAAGGUACCUUUCGUUCUUCAAAGAUUACUUUUUAUCAUGCCAUGGUUCAUUAAAUAACGCCUUUGCUGUGUUGCUUGGGAGAUCGAACUGUUCAUUAAAUAACGCCUUUGCUGUGUUGCUUGGGAGAUCGAACUGUUCAUUAAAUAACGCCUUUGCUGUGUUGCUUGGGAGAUCGAACUGUUCAAUACAUAACACCUUUGCUGUGUUGCUUGGGAGAUCGAACUACUCAUUACAUAACGCCUUUACUGUUUUGCUUGAUAGAUAGAACUACUCAUUAAAUUGCCCCUUUACUGCGUGUUGAUCGAACUUUAAAUUCGUCUUCUUUUCAUUUGAUUUUCAUUUCAGUUUCACGAGACACCAGCGCUUGUAAACUCCGAAGGAAACAACUUCCACGAGAAACGUCUUCAGGAGGAACGUCUUCGGGCUGUUCACCAACUCACGGACGUCCUUGAACCAAACACAAACCUAGAUGCCAGCACAGCGAGGGGAGGAGAUGGUGAGUGCGAUGUGAACCUCGGCGAAGAUAUCAAUCUGGAGUCCACAUCGGCAGAAGUCGGUUGGGUUUCUCCCGAAGGAGAAAAAAUUAAUUCGGCGGAGGACCAGGCUGAUAGCAGCUCGGUAACCAACUCGGCGAAAUGCAAGAAAAAGAGCAAAGGCCGCGUGACGUUCAAGGAGCCCGUGGCCUACACUGCCAGUUCCGAGUACGACUUCGGAACGUUCUUCAUUCAAAAAAGCUCUCAAGAAAAUGGCAGCCUCCCUGUUAAUCGCUCGGGAUAUAGUUUGACUCAAGGUGUUUCGCAAUCCACCCUUGUCAGAGCCAAAUCUGAAUCCACAUUGGACAAUGUCAGAGAUUGGGAAUUUUUGGCCUAUCAAGAUUACUUACAGAAUUUUCCCGAACCACUUCAAAGCCUCGGGGGGUCGACGCUGGAAAUGACGAGUAGGAAAAGUCGUUCCAGAGUCUUUUCUACGUCACACAUGGUGGCGCUGUCUGAAAAGAGCUUGCUUCCUUGUGUGCCGAAGGAGGUUACUUCAUUUGAUCUAAAGUCACAGCCGAUCGCAAGCAGGGAGCCUAUCUCUCAUAGUUCAUAUUCUAACGGAGAAGUUGAAUUUAUAUCUUGCAGUGUUCAGUUAAAGUCCGCAGAUCUGAGAGGCGUUGAACUGCCUGAUGCAGCUAAAGAACAUUGUGAUGAUUCCGAAAACACGUCCAAACUUUCACUCCUCAAAUCUUUGUCGUCUGCCACCGUAGUCUCCGACUUCGCACAGUGCGACGCGGACGAGUUCGAUGUGUCACCGCAGGUUGAUAGCUUUGAGUGUCAA